AUGGCGUUUACUUCAACUUCAGUAGUUCAAAAGAGCUACAAGUACGACGUGUUUAUAAGCUUUAGAGGUGAAGACACUCGCAAAGGCUUUGUUGACCAUCUUUAUGAUGCCCUGCAGCGCCAGAGCAUUAUCACUUACAAAGAUGAUGAAAAAAUUAAGAAAGGGAAAAGAAUCAGUAAUGAACUCGUGGGAUCUAUUGAAGACUCGAGAUUCUACAUCAUUGUAUUCUCCAAGGACUAUGCUUCUUCAUCAUGGUGCCUAGAUGAGCUGGUGAAGAUCAUGGAAUGCGAAAAGACUAAUGAUCAGAGAGCUUACCCAGUCUUUUAUGAUGUUGAGCCCUCUGAAGUUCGGAAGCAAUCAGGGUUAGUUGGAGAAGCAUUCUCCAAACAUGAAAAAGAUGAGGCUGCUGGCAAAUGGAGAGGGGCUUUGAAAGAAGCAGCUGAUUUGGCUGGCUGGGAGUUGAAGAACACUCUUGAUGGGCAUGAAGCCAAAUUUAUUCAAAACGUUGUUCAAGAGAUUUCAUUAGAAUUACGUUUCAUUGAUUCAUGUGCUCAUGAAAAGUUAAUAGGCAUGGAAUAUCGGGUAAAGGAUGUUGUAUCAACUUUGGAAACUGAUUCUGAUGAUGUUCGCAUGAUAGGGAUCAAGGAGAUAGGAGGGGGCGGGAAGACAAUUUUGGCCAGAGCUAUUUAUGAACAUAUAUCGAGUUGGUUUGAAGGUAAAAGCUUUGUUGAGAAUGUAAGGGACGUUUCAAAAGCUUCUUUAUCUGGUUUGAAGAAAUUGCAAAAACAAAUCCUGUCAGAUGUCAUAACUGAUGAAGAAAUCAAAGUAAAUACUGUUCAUGAUGGGAAACAGAUGCUGAAAAAGAUGAUGUGUGGUCGAAAGGUUCUUGUUGUUCUGGAUGAUGUGGAUCACGUAGAACAGCUUGAGGCGUUAGCCGGCGAGCCUAAAAGGUUUAAAGGGGGAAGUAGAGUCAUCAUCACAACAAGAGACGAGCAAGUGCCGGUUGCACACCAGGUGAACGUGAUUCAUAAUGUCAAUCUGUUAUCGGAUGAGGAAGCUAUUUGCCUCUUUAGUAGGUACGCUUUUGGAGAAGCGGUUCCCAUUAAAGGGUAUGAAGAGCUUUCAGGAAAUGUGGUAUGUUAUGCCGCCGGUCUUCCUUUAACCAUAAUAGUUUUGGGCUCGUUUCUUUGUGGUAAAACAGAUCUUGAAUGGAUAGAUGCCUUGGAAAGACUAAAAACCAUCCCAUUGAAGGAUACUCUUGAGAAGCUGGAAUUAAGCUUCAUUGGUCUAGAGGGGCAUUACAAAGAAAUCUUCUUAGUUGGGAAAAAGAAAGAGCAGUUGAAGCACCCGAAGGCUGUGGAUUUCGUGCUAGAAAUGGCUUGA